AUGAGAAAAUCUGAAGUCCUGAAGUCUUGCCAUUGUGGCCUUUUUGAGCUGGAGUGGCCGUGGUGGAGAUCAUACCUGCCAGAUGCCAUAUACCUGAGGAAUCCCGCAACGAACGUGGAGGAGGGUCUAUGGGAGGCCCGUACCAUCAAGGUGUGCCUAUUGUUACCGCAUGGAUUAUCCAUGUUGCGUACAAGCUCAAAAAGGCGUGUCAGACACUGGAGUCGCACAAUAUGGCACGGAUUAGUUUCCGAGCCCUCGAUUCGCAUUCGCAUAUGUGGAGACGAAAGAAAGGGUCCUCAACCAACUGAAUUCACACGGCGGAAUAAGAUUCCUAAAGUUGCGGCCAUCGAAUGCGAAUCAUCCCAUGUUGAAUGGCGCUGGCAGGUUGCCUGCAUGGCGAUCAACUCGUUGCAAUCUCUGAGUAUGAGGAAAUUGGAAUUUAACCGCCAACCUCCAUUGUUGGCUUUGUUCCAAGAUUUUGUUUGUGGAGAGGGACGCAGGGAGCAAACAAUACUCCAAGCGAGCGCCGGGCCCACAACCAUCGUCCACAGAAAUAAAAGCAUACUUGUAGUUAGAAUCAGAGUAUCUGCGGCAGCUGGAGCUCCGUCAGCAGUGGGGGAAGCUGUACAGUCUAUCCCAAUCGAGACGCGCAGGCCGGGAUAG